AUGAAGCUAGUCCAAUACCUCAUUAAUAAUCAUCAAUUGCCUCUCACAUCAUUUGCAUUACUUGAAGCAGUACUUAGUACUAAACUAUCAUUAAUUAAAUUAUUAGUUAAUGAAUAUAAACUAGAUCCUCAAGUUAAAAAGGGUAACGGUAUACAAGCAGUUGAUUUUGCAGCUAACGUUGGUGCUAUUGAUGUCUUAGAGUAUUUAGUAAAAGAUUGUGGAUGUGAUUUGGAUAGAGUAGGUGAAGCAUACAAUAAGAAUGUGUUUCAUCAUUCUACAACGAAUGGUCAUUUUUCAUUGAUUAAAUAUGUUAUUAAUAAAUAUCCACAAUAUACUAGUCUAUUACAUUCUACUGAUGAUAAAGAUGCUCUACCAAUUCAUUAUGCUUGUGCUAGUGGUGUAAUGCAACUAGUGACAUUUCUAAUUGAUGUAAUGAAAUGUGAUGUCACUACUGAAGAUAAGAAUGGCUUCACUUGUGUCACAUGGGCAUGUUACUCUGGUAAUUUUGGUCUUUUGAAAUUAUUAAUAAAACAACACCACCUUAAUCCUAGAAUAUUAGCCAGAUCAUCAUCACCAGAAGCUGCAUUGAUGGAUGGAGAUGUUCAUAUACUAGAAUGGCUCAAACAAGAGUAUCGUAUUGAUGUAGUCUUAUUUAAGAAUGGUGCAUUACCUUUUCAUGCUGCACAAGACAACCAUCUGUAUUGUUUAAAGUAUUUAUUAAACAAUUAUUCAUUUGAUAUAAAUGCCACUAAACCCACUGAUGAUACUCAACCUACACUCCUUCACAUAGCAUGUCAGGAAGGACAUGUUGCUAUAGUUCUCUACCUCACUAGUCUUCCUCAGUUGGAGGAGCAUCAGUUGGAUCUCACUAUUAAAGAUUACAAUGGAAUGGCUCCAGUUCAUGUAGCCUGUGAAGAAGGAUCAUUGAGUAUAGUCAAGUACAUUAUAGACCAUUCACCAUUAUCUCUUGAUAUGACCGACUCUUUUGGACGCACUCCACUACUUAUUGCAGCUUUCUCUAAGAACCUUCCCAUCAUUCGUUACCUCAACAGUAAAAACUGCAACAUUUCUAUACUGGACGAUAAAGGAUUUAACGUAAUACACAUAUCAGCAAAGGGAGGGUCUUUGGAUAUAUUGAGGUUUUUCAUUGAUGGUGGUUACUGUAAUCCUAAUAUCACUGAUGCUUCUGGUCGUACUCCACUUUAUCUGUAUAUCAUUAGUUGUUUAUACUAA